AUGAGUCGGGUGAUGUGGAUUCCGCAGCUUAUGAGACCGGAGAUACAGCUGGGCGUGGUCGCCUUUCUACUCUCCAUCGGUGCGGACCGCAAUAUAAAGUUCCUCGCUGGUGAAAGCAGGUUCAACCGCGAUUACUUUGAAAACUUUACGUUUACCAUUCGAAACGGUCAGGUUUUCCUAGACAUGUAUCUACGAAAGCCGCUUACACGGGGCUGGCGGUCCAGGCUGGACUUUCAGUUGCGCGUAGGAAACUCAAAGAGCUUUCAGAGCCUUUUUUCCACCAACGUUGAUGUGUGCAGCAUUGUGAAUGCGGGCAAGAUCACUCUGUUCAAGAAGUGGUACCGAAACCUGCUCAAGUACGGAAACUUUCUCCGCCAGUGUCCACUGAAUGCGAGCCACUACUACCUAAGAGGGUGGCAGUUUGGAGAGGGGUUGGUGCCGCCGUUUAUCACCAGUGGGUCUUACCGACUAGAGACCUACAAUUUUUACGGCAAAUACAAGGGGAAAAACGAGGACUUCAUUAUGAGCUGUACGGCCGAUGCAGUCAUUAAUAUCUAAUUACCGAUACCCAGUACUAAUGAUAGCAAAUAAAUAAUUCGA